AUGACCAGUCAAGAGGACGAGGGCCACCCAGGCGACGGCGGCAGCGGCGGCGGCGGCAGCGUCGUGUCGCAAGGAUUGCCUGGCGCGCAGGCGCCAGCCGAGCCGCGCUCUCUCUUCGACGUCGCGCAAAGCGACGUUAGUUCCGAGGAGGGCACGACCGAAACAGCUCUCACUGCAGUCCCCCAAGAUGAUGACGAAGUGUUCGUGAGCGAGACACAGCACAAGCUACAGUUUGGGCCGGCGUACGGCGGUUCUGCGGCAGAUCUCCGUACAGCAGUCCGCCAGUCCGCGCUCGACGAGGCUCCGCCGGCUAGACGCUACAGAGGCUCCCAGUCGACCGAGAACCUACCCUACGCUGUUGAGCAGUCGCCGCCACUCAGGGCGGCAGCGCGUCGUUCCGACAGGGGGAACGCUGUGAGACAGCACCGCUUCCACAGUGAUGGCGACGUUCUGGAGGACGAGGUGGUGUACCACCUUCCGGAGAGACUGGACGCAGGGAGACACCAUCGCUUCCACAGCGCGGGCGAUAUCCUCGAAGAAGAGCCCGUGGUACAACUGAGGCGAAAAUUGCGGCAGGCUGAGCAGCUGGAACGGACGUCUUCACUCUCGCGAAACGUCAACAGCUACCGUGGCAGUCUACCUCCGCAGCGAACUUCGUCAUCCAGGGUCUCUAGCAUUGGUGACAAGAUGGUGCUGCAAAUGGCACUGCCACAAAGAAUCACACAACAGUCACGACCCAACAGUCUGCCCCUCUCUGUUGAUUCUUGUAAGUAUUUGUUGACAAUAGUCUUAAGCAGCAUCUAUGCUGUGUUCAUUGUCAGUGUGGGUCUCCUAAUUUAUAUUUCUGACAUUUUCAUAGAUGUUAGUCCAGUGUCUGAGAUUUUCAACAUCUAUCUAGUAUGUGUUGGUCUACUGUAUUUUGUCUUCUUAUAUAUUGACAUAACAUGCUACACAAGGAAAGAAAAGGCAAAAACAUGUGUAAGUCCUGAAUCUGAGUCAGUGGAGUAUGUUGAAUAUGUGGAGUCACCAGAGGGUGACCUAAAUGUCUCAGUGACUCUGCCGAGUGCCAAAUUAGCAAAAAAUGUUGAAGAUAUGCCAGAAGAAACAACAGUGCAUCAAUACUGUUUCAGUCAAGGACGACAUUCUGGGAGUUUUUAUCUCAAAUUGGGGGCUGCAGUGUUCUGCUUUGGACAUCUAACACACUAUGGACUUCUAAUAGGAUCAGAAUUUAUUUCAUUGACAUCAGCAACUGAUGAAAUUCAGUCUUGUACGAAUGUUCCUAUGCUUGUCCUGGAUAUUAUUUAUCCUGUGUACUCAUUUUUCCAACUGUUUUUCAUAUUCAAAUAUUCAAAUGUAAUAAUAAAUAAGCUACAGAUUUUAGGAAGAUUUGCAUUGAUGCACUGUAUAGCAACCAGUAUUUGCUUCUGGAUGUGGACCAUCAUGCGUGAAACACUGCUUGCUCUGAAUGGAUAUAACAGUUCAAGUGAAAACUACAUAUCAGUGUUGGAAAGUGAAUCUCCUGUUGCUAAUUUAUUUAAAAAAUUAAGAUCAGUACUGAUGGAUGCGUCUCUGGAAUCCAGCAAUAACAGUGGUGUUAACACUUUCAUUGACCCUUAUUGUUCAAAUUAUACUGGAAUGUCAAUCAUUUACCAAAAUGUUUCUCCGUAUUUAUACCCUUUCUCAAUUGAGUACAGUAUUCUUAUUGCUGGUGUUUUGUACAUCAUUUGGCAGAACAUAGGGCAAUGCGGCACAGUGACAGGAGGGCACUGCAAGCUCUUGAUGAACCCUGAAAGCAGUAAUUUGUCCAUUCAUGUUGACUGUCAUUCAGCAAAUAAAGGACUCUUUGCUGGAAUCAUAGUGCUUUUAACUUCUGUCGUGAGCAUCAUACUAUUUUUUGUUGCAGUCACUGAUUCAAAUUAUGUGACUAUUGGAGUGGAUGUACAUAUGUGGACAGAAUUUGCAAUUCUGAUUCUCAUGACAGUUACAGUCUUGUUUGCAUACUGGCAAAUAAUAACUUUGGAUGUUAAUGAACACCCUAUAUCACUCCUAGAUGAUUUGCUGCUUGCAGUCUGCUUGCCAGCUUAUUUCUUCUAUGCAAUAUUAAGCCUUUAUCCAUCUGUCGUAUACAGUGAGAUAGUCUUUAGUAUCAUCAUCUUGCUUCGGGUCUUACAAGUGCUAAUACAAACACCAUUCAUCAUUGAUGGUCUUCGUCGCUGUAGCAAUACUAGAUCACUUCGACAGAAAAAGCCAGGACGUGAAGUUGUGACACUUUUGAUAGUGUGCAAUAUUGCAUUGUGGAUGAUGCAGACAUUUGAAAUAAAAUCUAGUGGUACAAAGGAUCAUAGAUACGAUUUUUAUGGGAAAAGCGCAUGGACAGUUAUAGGACAUUUGCCUAUACCAUUAAUGAUGUUCUAUAGAUUUCACUCUUCCGUAUGCUUGGUGGACAUAUGGAAAUCUGCAUAUGAGCCCGGAGAAUGA